AUGCAUUUGCGAAAGCCUACAGAUUUAGGACAACCAUUAAACUCCGCUAAUGGUUUCAAAUAUCUAUGGAUGAAUUGGUUUUUUGUGGGUAUGCAUCCACCCCUUAACAGUAAAUCAAUUUUAUGGAACAUCCUGUACUACACAUAUUCUGCAGUAAUUAAUAUACUGGCCAGUGUCUGCUUGCCAGCCUCAAUGUUAGCCAAUCUCUGGCUUAUUAACUCUUGGCAGGAAGUGGUGGCAAAUCUUUCACUUACAACUACCAUUGCCAUAGCACCAUUUAAACAGCUGGCCGUUCUAAUACAUCGUCGAGCAUUACUUAAAGCGAAUGAAUUCUUAAAGCCAUUGGAUGAACGUAGUAGCCAACAAGUCCGGGAUCGUAGAAUUAUUCUAAAUGCUACGCAUUAUUGCCAUCUUUACUAUAUAUUUUAUAUCGCAAUUUACUGCUUUUGUGCCAUCGGUUUUGCCUACAUUGGCUGGAUCAAUGAUCGUUUGGUAUAUAGUGGUUGGUUUCCCAAUGUCUUAUCCGAUACGAGGUCGAACUAUAUUCUAGCAUUCUCCUAUCAAAAUUUUGCUCAAACUUGUUUGGUCUUUCAAAAUGCCAACAAUGAUGUUUAUCCUUUGUGUUAUCUAUCAAUGGUUAUAGCUCAUUUGGAGACAUUAGCGAAUCGUAUAGAGAGAAUUGGUAUGGAUAAGAAAAAACUAACUUCUGAGGAAAGUAUCGAAGAGUUAAAGUUGUGUAUAUUGGAUCAUAAGAAUCUGUUGGGUUACUUCGAAUGCAUACGUCCCGUCAUCUCGGCCACUCUGUUUUUGCAAUUUUUCAUUACCGGUUUUUCACUGUGUAUGACAGCCAUCAAUUUAAUUGCUUUCGAUAGUGAUAUUACACAGAAAUUUUUCGCUUCUAUAUAUUUGGGGGUCAUUCUCAUUCAGAUAUUUCCCACCUGUUGGCAUGUCAAUGUGAUAAUGGAGAAAAGUGACUAUUUAACUACGGCGAUGUACCGUUGCAAUUGGAUGGAUCAGAAUCAGAAAUUUCGCAAAAUGUUAAUAAUAUUUAUGCAACGUUCACAGAAAACGAAUACGGUAUUGGCUGGUAAUUUGGCACCGGUAACAUUGCAAACAUUUCUGGCGAUAAUACGUUUUUCAUUUUCCAUGUUUACGAUUUUUAGCCAAGUUCAAAGUUGA